CACGCGGUCAAAUCGAGGUCAGUGAAAAAAUAAUGACAAGACUGAGAGAAAUGGUGAACAGAGAUUUUGCCGGAAUGUCAGAGUGUUGGCUGUUUUCAAAGCAAAAAGAGUGGUUGGUUCCGUACUGAAGUAUGCAACAGUGAAGUAGACUCUUGCCUUGUUUCCAUUAAUGUGACUUUGAAAUGUCUACCAAAUCAGAACAGUUUUCGGCUAAAAUCCGUAACUUGACGGAUUACCAGAACCGGAUCUUGCACAACAUAGCCCCCUUGCCGACAGGGACUGACAUUGCCAAUACAUUGCGGUAUUUCAUACACACACUCAGAAGCAUCUUGAAAGAGGCUCCUGCUGACCUAGGUGAUGUGAAGCAUUCUGCCCGGCGGAGGCUGAACCCCCGACUGCCCCACUACCCUAGCCUGGACUACCUUUGCCUCUAUGAGACCCUAGACAGCCUUAUUGAGAUUGUGCCCAGUGUGCAGUAUGGCCAAUCAGAUCUUGGCCAGGCCAUUCAGCAGCUGUUUGGCUGCAUUCUUUGGUUCCUGGAACCUGAGAUUGUGGACACCAUUCCCCACACUGUGGCCUCCACACUGGCCAUAUUCCCUGCUGCCCUACAGAAGGAGACGGUGGAUCUGCUCUGCACCACCUUACUCCCAAUAUGUCUGUCUGAAGUUCAGUCCAUUGAGGGAGACACAUAUGCAUCUAUGUCAGUGUCAGCUGUCAUCAUGUUGGUCCUUCAGCACUGCAAGAACAAAGCUCAUCAUGCCCAGCUUAUGGAAUGCAUUAUGACAUACAAGAAGGAUGUGUAUAAGGAUAUCUUGUGCACCAUAGCAUUUGGGCCUUCUUCAGCCCGAGGGGCUGCUGCUAAUCUGCUGUUCCACUACUGGCCAUCGCUUGUACCUGCCAACGUAGAAGACAGAGACUUCUCUUAUACAUGUUGGAAGCCCAUCAUGUGUCAGAGGUCCAACUGUUUGUCACCCGUCAACAAUGCUGCUGUCAAGAUGUGUAUGGACCCAGUGAUAGCUGGCAAGUACAGCAAACACCCACCUCCUCUGUAUCUUUGCCAAGUCUGCAGUGACUAUGUUAACAGGGAGAUCAGUGACUGCAAGCCAUUUCUCAAUGUUCUGCAACCCCAGGAGAUUGUCUCGAAGAUCUGCGAGAACAAGAACUGUUCCUCAAUGGAUAAAACAGCCUUGUUCACCUGUUACUCCUCGGAGUGCACAGGUUACCAUGGUAACCGUCCCAUCCGCUACUGUACUAGUUGUAACUCCUACAUCCAUGCUGACAGGAAGGAUCACAUCAUCCAGGAUUUCCCUGCAGACCCACUGUCAUGUGACAAGGAGACCCAGAGUUACCUGUGUGAGGCAAUCAUCAGCCUUCUGAAGGAAGCCCACGUUAUCGAGAAGGACCCCUUGAUGGCAGCUGCUGAGGCUGAGACCAACACAGAUGCCCUCAGCCAGCCCUCGGAGAACGAGGUCUUGGACCUGGAGGGCGGGGAGGGGGACUCCCGCCUACUCAGCCGCUUUGGCCUAUGGCUUCUGAUUGAGAAGUGCAACCCUACGGAGCGGACGCCUGACGAAGUGGUGGGGCGUUUGCUCAGCAUGGCCUUCCAGUGGUUUGGGUUCACUGCCACACUGACACAAGACAGUGUUGCCUUGGAGAGCUUGAAAGCAGACUACGUGACUAAAUGGCUGAUGAAGAUUCUGAAGAGUCACUUCAAUGUGUUUGUGUCCUGUCUGUUACCACAGCCUCCUGACUAUGCCAGAGUUGGUGGAGACUAUGACAGUCUGUGCAGCAGGAUAACUGAGCUUCUUGGUGGCCUAAGGAAGGUCUUUAGUCUGACACCAUACAAUGCAGUAACAUUUGAGGUGUGGGACUACAUUAUGCCUCACUGGAUGGAGUGCAUCUGUUGUGACAUCCCUGAUGAGGAGCUGUCUCAGCUCCAGGACGUCCUGUGUCGCCUCUUCGACGUGGACAUGAGCCCGUUGCCCUUCUCCACAGAGAAGCUCUUCAACUUUGUGGCCUGCCGGUUCCGCGGCAUGGCGGCCAAUGACCAGGAGAAAGCCCUGCUGUGGCUUCAGAUUUUGACGGAAACGGACAUUGUCAUCCCGCUCAAGCUUCUCCUGAGCAUCUUCAGUGAUGGCCUGACGUCCAUGUCCAAGAUCCAAUUAGCCAAGCAGAAGCAGAGAGACCAGCAGCGGGCUGCUAGCCAAACUGCCGAAACUCCAGCCGGCCCAGAACAGCAGCAGCAACAGCAACAACAGCAGGCACCUGACGAAGUUGCUGUAGAAACCCCAGGGGCUCCACCUACCGAGCCCACUGUCGCCGCUGCACCGCCUUCAGUCGCACCUCCUGCAGGGGCUGGCCCAGGGACGGAGGGAGGAGUGGUGGUGGGAGGUGUGCCUGUGGAACCGCCCCAUGUGAAGAUUGAUCCCUCUCCAGACGAUGGACCCAUACAGGAACAGGAUGAAGAGCAGAUACUGAGAUGCUUUGUGUUGAUGCUUGACAUGCUGAAUAUCCAGGUGGACCUCCAGUACCUGCCCUUCCAUCAGGGCAUGGAAAACAGCCAAUCCAAGGACUUUGUGUCCCUGUUGACCCAGACUCUCUCCAUGACCUGGCUGGACCCCCACCGCUGCACCAACCCCCGGGGUUUGGGUCGAUUCCAGCAGGCUCCAAGUGGCCAGCCACCCACCCGGGCUCUGGGACCUUGCCCUACUUGUGAGCUGUGGGGCAUCUACUUCCAGUUGGCCCUCAAGCUUCUGGAACACAUCUCGCCUGUCAGUGAAACCAAAGUCUGCGAUAUGCCCGAGGUGUCAGAGUACCAGUUUGAGAAGUUCCUAGAAGAUGGGCUGGCCAAAGCCAAAGCAUUGAACAAUGAUGUCAAGGGGAAGAAGAACCGUAUGGCUGAGAGAGGCUCCAGUAAACAAAAGAGGUUUACCAAGACCAAGGAUCCAGGCAAAGGGUUCCUGAGUGCCACUGAGAUGAAACCAGUGGAGGUGUUUACGGCAGAGACUGUCAAGCUGCCAUCAGCCAAGGACUUGAAGGCAGAGAAAGAAAAAGCUGUCAAGAAGGCAACAGCUGGAGCAGAUAAAAGUGCCAAGGGGAAGAAAGACGGUGACAAUGGGUCCACGAAGGAAGCUCGCUUCAAGCUGGAGGAACUGCCCAAGUCAAUCCAGCUCCUCUAUGUGCUGCUCAAGGAGGUACCAAGACAGACUGACCCUGAUGUGCUGCUCAACCUGUUCAACUGCAUCAAGAUCCUUGUCCUGAAUGCUGAGUGUCUCCGCCAGGCUGCCAAAGAUCAUGAUGCUUUCCUCAAAUAUGCUCAGAAUAAUCUGCUUAUUCCCAGCUUCUGGAAUUUGCUGGAAGGAGAGUUGAGCCAUGUCAAUGAGAUCCUGGUACCCCUCUUCCUGCACAGCCUGGCUCUGCCCCACGGGUCAGAUGCCAUGUGGAACCUGCUACAGAGGGAUGUGGAAAGUGAUGACUGGAAGGCACGCUUCAGGGCUGUUGAGCGUGUCACGGCUCUUCUGCGGUUUGUGGAGAAGAAGUCCUUGGGUAACAACUCCGUGAUCAUGUGCUCACUGGCCUGCGCCUUCAGCACCCUGGUUGCUGCCACCGAUGACAUCUGCCCGGCCGUGUCAUCCAGAGCUAUGAUCAUGCUAGAGACCAUCCCUAAGAAAGUCAUCAAAGUCCUAGUGGGCUGUCUAGAGUUCCAGUGGGACUGUGUCAUCGAGGACCGUGUCAUGAUCCUGAAUGCCCUCUACAAGCUGCAGCACUUCCUGUCUGACAUGAUAAUCCUGUCCUGGGAGUUCUUCAUGAACAGACUGGACACCUUGGCCUUGGAGGCUCAUGUAGAGAUGGAACAAAACAAGGAGUUCCCCUUCCCCAUCGAUCUGAGCCGUUCCCAGGCCGGGGCAGGUGAUCGCAUGGACACCUUCUUGAACAAGCAGACCCGGGCACGAGUUGCUCGGUCACAGUCGGAGACGAACAGCUCCCUCAAACCACGUUGUCUGUCCUCCUUCAACUUGAAGUCGGAUUUCAAGCGUCGCAGCAUGUCAUCCCCAGCGACUACCAACGGCUUCAGCCGCAUUCAGUUUGCACCAACUAUCCGUUCCACCUACAGCAGGCUCUCUGAAUCCUCAGAACAGUCUGUUGGACCCUUAGGGGACGCUCUGUUUGAUGAUGGUCAUUUGCAGACUGUGCAGGAAGAACAACCGGCAGACAUUCCUCCGAUGGACCUGUCUAGCUUGGACAAGGAGACGGUGCAUAAGCUGAUAUCACUUCUGAUGAAGUUCAUGACAAGAGAAAGCAGUGCUGACGAGGAGCAAACUUCAGGCAGGGCUAUGAACUCGGUGAAGGGGAGAAAUAUGAUGCGCAAGAGCACUGUGCUGCGUCAUCUCAGUGUUCUCAUGGGGUACAAUCAGGUGGAGAAGUGCUUCAUCCUAGCACCCCAGCAGCUCAGGGAAUCAGCUGUCUUCUAUGCCUUUAUGGCCGGAGCACCAAAGAUGCUGGACCACAACGUGAAGGUGGGCAACAUUCUCCUGCCCAUGAUUAUGGAGCUUUUUGCCUACUCCCCAUCACCCCAAAAGUCCCCCCAGGACAUGCAGCCCCAUGACUACACCCUGUGGUUCCUGGAGCCCCACUGCAGGCACUCUUGGCUCAUGUCGGUGCUCAUCAUUCUGUACAAGUACAACUUUGACCAGCUGGAGCUGAAAGCAGAGGUGAAAUCCCUCAUGCGCAUCACCAUCAACACCCUGGAGGCACAGAGGCACCAGUGUAAGCCCAAAAGGCCUGAACCACCCUCGCCUGAAGACAUCUGGGGAGCUACCACACCACUGGAGAAGAAACGAUCAGAGUCCAGCCUGAUCCAGGCUGUAGGAGAGGGAGAGGAACAAGACAAUGGUGAGGAGGUGUCCUCCAACGCCUCGGCAGGGCCUUCCUCCCCUCUCAUCCCAGUGGCUCCCAGGGAGAUUCCUGCUGGCCUCCAUCAACAGGUGGAGUGUGAACCUGACAUGCUGUUCGUUCCUGAAGAGGAGGUGACUGCCCUACCCAUCAAGAAGUCCAACCUCAGCUUUGUAGCAUCGACCAUCGUAGAGGUAGAAGAGGAGAAUGAGGAGAGUGUGGAAGCCCUAGAGCCCCUGAACAAGGUGGAAGCCAUCCCAGCCAAGGCCCUGAUGGUCAGCAAGGAGGAGCCGGUCAGCGUCCAGGCCGUCCCUCGGGUUGUGACCGAGAUGGCGAAAGUGGAGCGCCAGGCCCUGGAGCCCAGCCUUAUGUCAGCCAAGGUGGAGUCCUUCUUCUCCCCCUUUGAGAAGAGCAAGCUCCAGCCCCGCUUCCGCUCCAAGAAGCAGCGCAAGAUGGGCGUGGCCACCAUCUCCUCCAACGCCCUGUCACAGCGCAUCGACAAUAAGCUAGGUGGGGGAGGCAAGCAGGGUGAACUGAGCCUAGACCUGUCGGCAGCUGGUGCUGGAGGGGGCAUCAACGCUGGCAUCACAAAGGGAGGCUUGACCAGGAAGAGCAAAGAGAAGGGGAAGAAGAGGUCACAGAAGCUGAAGGAGCAGGCCAAGACACCAGAGAAAAAGAGCAGUGUGUACUCAGCUGCUAAGCGCUAUCAUGAAGAUAAGAACUUCAUGGCUUUGACAAAGUGCACUGAUUGCGGUGUAUUACUGGAGGAGUACGAUGAUGACACUGUGUCGCUGGCCAUUGUGGUAUUGUCUGCACUUGUCCACAGGGACCCUGAGUUGGCAGCUCCUCUUCUCUUAGAGAUGCUGCAAGUGGUUGCAAGGAUUGCUAGUGGAAUCUUCUCCCCUUGGCAAGCAGAAAGUAUUGGGAGUCCACCAGGCCAUUGCUGCACUGUAGCCAAGCAGUUCCUCCGCUGUACUUUGCAUCAGCUCGCUCCCAACGGCAUUUUCCCCCAGCUUUUCCUCAGCAAGAUCGAAGAUGGGGACUUUCUCAAGACCAUGGCAGUGGCUCUGACUGAUUUCAGUGACCUAUCGCCUCUGGAUGCUGUCAGCUUCCUCCUGGAGGGUCUGAAUGAGAAAAAGACGUUACCUUCACUGCGCAUCUUGCUGGUGCUGAUGAACCUGGCUGAGUACAUGGAGAAUCUGCCUCUAGAGGGCAGCAGUGCCUGGGGCAACCUCAUUUCACUCUUUGAGACGUUCUUCAGGAAGUUGGCCUUUGCCCUGCCUGAAAGUUGUGACACCAACGACCUGUUCCGCAUCAUGAUAGUGAUCCUGAAAAGCCCUGCUACCAAGACCCUAAGCACCCUCCUGGACCCCAUGACCAAGCUCAUCAGCUAUGUCAUCCAGAAUUGUCACUUCAAGCUUAAGCUGCUGAUUGAGGUCUGCACCCUCUGCAAUCGCAUCUUUGUCAAGGAGCGUGAGCGCCAGUCUGUCGCCCGCUGCCUGGUGAUGGAGUUUGUUAAUGCCCUCAAGUUCAAAUCUUCCCUGCCGGACAUCAACUUGAUCCAGCUGGUCCAGUUCAUCUGUCUGGAUGCCGGUGGCAAGAUGAGCGACUUUGGCAACCUGGUGGGAGGAGAUGGGGACAUCUCGGAUGCCUGCAUGGCUGAACUGUCGUCCUCCAGCCUGGCCAAUGACUGCCUGAAGCAGUACCUGAAUGAUGCCAUCGAGUAUGUUGGUGAUCUACAUACAUUGACCAAAGUCAAGGACAAGAUGAAAGGCGGAUCCCACCAGAACCUGAAUGAGGACACUUUAGGCAGCCAGCUGAAGGCAGGUGUGGCCCAGAUCAUAGCGCUGGAGUUUACCCGUAGCAAUCAGCGUGACUCCACCAAGGCCGUCAACCGCUACUUGCCCUGGCUCUACCAUCCGCCUUCUGCUGUCCAACAAGGACCCAAGGAAUUCAUUGACUGCAUCGCUCACGUGCGCCUCCUGUCCUGGCUCUUGCUCGGUUCCCUGACUCACGCUGCUGUCUGCCCCAUCAAUUCAUCGGUAACUGGCAUUGUGUGCCACCCUAUCCCACUGGACGCUGGUAACCACAUCGCUGAUCACGUACAGGUUAUCCUGGCAGGCUUUGCUGAGCAGUCCAAGGCAUCAGUUCUCCACAUGUCGUCCCUCUUCCAUGCCUUCAUUCUCUGCCAGUUAUGGACCAUGUACUGUGAGCAGAUGGCUUCCAUCAACCCACCCCAGAGUGACCAGCACAACACAGCCAUGAUGAGCGUCAUGGACUUUUGGGGUCGUGUCACGCCUGGCGUGCUGCAGCUGCUCUCACACUCCAAAGUGCUUGCAGAUAUGGUCAACCUUCACUUCUUAAGUUUAAUGGAAGCACUGCAGGAAUGCAACUCCUCCGUUUUGACCAAGCUUUUUCCAAUGUGGACAUCUAUACUUUUUAGUUACCCCUCCAAGCUUCCAGGCAGCCUACAGGUACGCCUGCAGAAUUGUGAGAACUGGGCCCCACCAAGUCUGACCAAAGGGGAGGUCACCACUUACCACUCCUCGGUGCUGCUUAAGUGGCUGAAGAGACUGCAGUUCAAGAUGGGUCAGAUUGAGAUCCAGUCUUCGGCAGCGGCACAGUUCUAUACUGUCUGAAACUGCAAAGCAGCCAAGUUCAGUCUGGAUGGGUAGCACAUGGUCUCAUUUGCUUGUAUAAUGUAAAAGGACCACAUUGCUUUUGGAACGACACAAAAUUAGCGUAUUGCUGAUUAUUGGAAACAUUUUCAUUUCACAGCAUGCCUCAUCACAAGUUGAUCAAAAUGUUUCGCUAUUUGAGUUCAGCCUUGCUACUGAUAUUGUAUUUUUUCAGUUUAUUAUCAAAAAGUCUUCAAAGGGCUGAAGGAAAUGAAAUCUAAGUUUAAAAAUCAUAAAGCAAAUGAGCAAUUUAAACCAGUCCAGCAGAGUCUACACAGUAUAUUUAACGGUGUUUAUGUAUUCUGUACUUACAUGUACUCUUUGCCACCUUAAUCUGUAAGCUAAUGCUGCAUGUAUGUGCAUUCAAGUUGAUGCAAUUUUGAGGCGACUAUCUAAAAGCAGUGGAGUACUGUGUCGUUGCAUUGUUCGUAGUGUUUUCUUGAUCCAUCCCUUGAAGUCCUUAUUGUCCAACUGUAGGUUUUCGUUGAAUUUUGGGGGUGAAUUUACAGCUUGUGUAAGAGUCAUAUGAUUUAAUGGUAUCACAGAAUAUAAAAAACUAUUUAUCAUUUAAGGAAUACACAAGGAAUAUUUAAUCUUCUGCACCGUCAUAAUAUUAGGGGAAAGAGCUUGAUUAGGCAGCCAUUUCCAUUGGCUUGUUCGGAACCUGUAGCCUCAUUUUUUUAACAAUUUGAUUUGGACACCAACUGAAGUCAUAUUUGAAUUUAUGGCCGAAGAUGUUGCUUAUCCACCUUGAGCGCUCUCAUUAGUUGAAAAGCAUUUAAAAAUUUUGGUAGUGAUCGUUCAUUUUUGUUGUCAGCUAAGCCGCUGCAAGGCAUAGUCGUUCAUGAACUUGUGAAGUCUAGUUCCCAUAGUAGCAUCUCGUUAGGAAAAUUGCGCCCUCUCUUGGUCGCAUUCGGGGCUAAUUGUAUCAUCUGCCAUAAGACAAAUACAUAAAUAGUACCGUGGUACAGAUUUCAGAAGUUAACUUCCUCCGAGUUUUUUAUUUGUGUAUGCUAUUUUGCCAUUAAUGUUUGAUAGUUAAUUUUUAUUUAAACAAUAUUUGAAAAUGUUCACGAGGUAGACGCCAUAUUUGAGGUUACUCUGUGCAAUGUACUCGUAUAGUGCUAUAGAAAUUAACGUUGAAUUUAUACGGACAUUCUGCUGUGUAGAUGUUUCGCUUGACAUACCUCCGUAGGUCAACAAGCAAUCGGUGCUGUCUUGCCUAUCAACGAGUACUAGUAUACAUAUAUGUAAGAAAUAAGCAUGUUUUAAUGUUUCAAAAUGUGAGAAGUAAUAUAAAAUGAUGAAAUAAAUCAUUUGUAGAUAUCCUAAUUGUUAACUUUGAUUUAAAUAUCCAUUAGAAGAUUAAUACAAAAUACAUUAAUAAAGGUGUUCGGGUAAAUGAAAUUUACUUCCACCCUUCCAAUUGAACCUCUUUCUUAUGAGGCAAUGCAUUUCCCACACAAAUGACAAGGAAAAGAAUGACAUCCGAUAUUUCUUUAGCCUUUCCUUGCCGAUCUGAUGGGUGAUUUGGUUUACGAUGGGAAAAAAAGCAGACCAGGUGUGAUUAUUUAGUGUCCACCUGUUACAUCCGAUCAUACCAUCACAAAUGCACCAUAAUGCUGUACAACUUCAAACCAAUAACAUAUCAACUGUCGAUGGAUAACAAGCCUGUAACUGCUAGCGUAUCAACUUUUCAUAUUGACCAAUAAUGGAUAAUAGGAAAAAAGAUUUGUACGAUGUUCCCCUUGAAUUUGUAGUAGAUUAUUUACAACUUAAUUACCGCACUCUUUUAUUACAUUCUACGUCGGAUUUUCUUGCCCGAAGCUGCUGCAGGGGCAGGUUUUUCACCCACAACUCCUUCAACUUUGCAAUUGUGCUUUGACCUAACAAUGCUUUAAUAGGUCAACAGCGGAUAUGGCAAAAGAAUUCGUAAACGAGUGUACAUGUCCUCCGUGGAACAAAUAAGAAAAUUGCGUUUACAUGU